AUGGAUUUUAAAGUUGGUGAUGGUCUGCUUGGUGAAGAAAAUGAUGGUGAGGUAGAUAUUGAAAUUCCAGAUGAUUUACUUAUUCAUGACCAAGUCAAUCGUAUUUCUUCUCUCAUUUCAUUUACAUAUCUCGACAUGAAUAAGUUUUUGUGGGAUUUAACGUAUUUCCAACAAAGAGUGAUUCUUGCUCCAACUAAUGAAGUAGUGACUUCAAUAAAUAAAGAGCUGUUAGAGAAUCUGCCUGGUGAAGAGAAGAUUUAUUUUAGUUCAGAUAGUUUAUGUCAAUCUGAGGAAGAAUCAGAGCUUAACAUGGCAUUGUUUCCUCCCGAUGUGUUAAACAAUCUUCGUUUGUCUGGUUUACCUAACCAUAAAUUAGUAUUGAAAGUUAGUGCUCCAGUGAUGUUACUCAGAAACAUUGAUCAGGCAUAUGGAUUUUGUAACGGUACACGUUUACAAGUCACGAAACUCGGAAAAGUCGUGAUUGAAGCAAAAAUUAUCACAGGGACUAAUAUAGGUCAACAUACUUUGAUUUCAAGAUGA